AGAAAGACAAGAAGAAAGAACCAGCUUCAAUGUUCCAGAUAAACGGAGACAAAGAGUCAAAAAGCAAGAAGAAAGCUGCCAAAUCAGAAAGUGAGGAAAGCGAAGAGGAGACAAAGUCGACCAAAUCAAAGAAGAAAUCGUCUGGCGGCUCAACAUCCAUGUUCCAAACAUCAGGAGACAAGGACAAAGACAAAGACAAGAAGACAAAGAAGAAAGCAAAGGCAGAUGAAAGUGAUGAUUCUGACUCAGAAAAAGAAGAAAAAUCAAAGAAGAAAAAAGGCAAAGGGAAGAAGAAAAAGGAGAGAUCUCCAUCUCCUGAGAUUGAGUUUGACAACUUGGAGAAGUUCGUGAUGGAGCCGGCUCCGCAGGGCGUGACCAUUAAAUGCAGAGUGACACGAGAUCAGAGAGGGAUGGACAAGAGCCUCUACCCGACGUAUUACCUUCACCUCGACAACACAAAGAAGACAUUCCUGUUGGCUGGCAGGAAAAGAAAGAAAUGCGCCACUUCAAAUUACCUCAUCUCCAUUGAUGCCACAGAUUUAUCGAGAGGGGGAGAGAAUUUUGUUGGAAAGCUGAGGUCCAAUUUAAUGGGGACCAAGUUCACGGUAUUUGACAACGCUCUGAACCCAGAGAGAGCUCUCCCAGAUAUGUCUAAUGCACGGCAAGAGUUAGCAGGCAUCAUCUAUGAAACAAAUGUUUUAGGGAUGAAAGGACCCAGAAGGAUGACGAUUGUCAUUCCAGGAAUGGACAAGGACAACGAGCGAGUCCCCCUACGACCAAGAAAUGAAUGUGACGGCUUGUUGAUCAGGCACCAGAAUAGAAGAAUGGAAAAUCUGAUCGAGCUUCAUAACAAGACGCCUGUGUGGAAUGAAGACUCUGCAUCCCAUGUGCUCAACUUCAAUGGCAGGGUCACCCAGGCCUCCAUCAAGAACUUCCAGAUCGUCCAUAGCAAAGACUUGGACUACAUUGUGAUGCAGUUUGGACGAAUAGCUGACGACAUUUUCACGCUGGACUUCAACUACCCGAUGUGUGCCGUGCAGGCCUUUGCCAUCGCACUCUCCAGCUUUGAUGGCAAAAUCGCCUGCGAAUAAUAGGAAGAUUCCCAGUUGUGUUCUCACACUGAAACCAGUAUGCAACACGCCCACAU